CGAACAUUCCACUUUGGCGGUGGAACUAAACUGUGCAUCUGCAUAGAGGGUGUACCUGUGUGAAAAUUAGCUUUGAUGACGAGCAUAUGGAAUAGAACGCAGUUCUCAACAAUACUCAGCUUGGACAAGAUAAAUUGCUCGAGAAUUGAGCGUGUGUAUUAUAGGAGACUUCUGAUCGUAUGACUAAGGCAUCGCUCAAGGUGGACUUCAUGGAAAAUGUGGAAGUCCGUUCGUUGUUUCAACUGACAUAUGGAAAAUCUGAUAAAGCGGAGCCUGACUAACUGUUGUGUUCCCGGGGCAUCUGUGGUCCCCUUUUUUGACCAUUCAAAUCACUGCCCUGCUUCUUUGCUUUACCCUUAGACAGAAUUGGUGCCGUGGUAGUAUAUGCGAAACUUCAUUCCACACUUCAAGAGAACAAGCGAAAAAGAUCACAUAGAUGGUCAACCUCGAAAGUUCCUGUGGGUGAUCCCACUUGCAGAGCAUACACAUCCUUUACAAUUUUUUGCCUUUAUAUUUGCCGUCUUCGUCACCAUGUCUAUCGUCGUCUACUUGAGUGCUUCACAAGCCUUUAUUCUCACAACUGUUCUUGUUCAAAGAGAUAAUAAUGGUGACAUUACCGGAUCACUUGCGCUCUAUGGCGAAAUCAUGGCUCUGGUUAUGGUCGCUGUCUGGGGCGUUGUGUCCGACCGUAUACAGAAACGAACAAUUUUCAGUAUAUCCAUAGUGCUAAUGGGCUUGGCCGUUUCACUUUAUCCGCAAGUAAAGAAUGUAUAUCCAGGACUCCUUUUGCUAAGACUGGUUUUCGCUGCCGGCUCAGCUGGAUGUACUACUAUGAUGACGGCCAUGAUGACCGACGUUGUUCACGGCAAAGGCGGCAUGGUAUCGGGGAUAAUAGGAGCAUGCUCUGGUCUCGGCGCCAUCUUCUCUUCCUUCGUUUUAUUUUCUGUUCCAGCAAAGCUCGGUAUUUCAAGGGGAUCUUCAGCACAAGGAAAGGAUCCACGCAUAUCUCUUGCAUUUGCCACCAGCUUCUUUGCCCGGGCUGACGAGAUCAUCUUGACGUCCUUCAUUUCCUUAUGGAUUAACCAGUAUUAUAUUGACAACGGUCAGUGCCAAGUCGGACAAUCAUGCUACUUGGCGCUGGGAGCAACCGGUACUAUCACAGGGAUUGGUCAGUCAGUGUCCCUUGCUUCUGCUCCCUUUUUUGGUCUGGCCAGCGAGUUUCUCACAAGGUCGUAUCCCAUUAUCGCAGCAGGCGUGAUUGGAGCGGCAGGAUGCUUUCCCUUUGCCUUUUCGUUUGACCCUACAACAAAUGCCAGUCUAGCAUUUGUCAUUCUUAUCGCUAUUGGAGAGUUAGGCAUGAUUAUUUCCGGGAUGGCCAUGCUGAAUGGACCGUAUGUUCCUCCAGAACUACGAGGAAGUAUUUCAGGAACCUACUCGUUUAUAGGCGCAUUUGGAAUUAUCAUUAUAUCAAAGGUUGGCGGUGUACUUUUUGACAAGUGGAUGAAAGGUGCUCCAUUCCUACUUCUCGGUAUAGGCCAUUGUCUUGUGUCAGUUUUCUCUGUUGUUGUAUUAUUGCUCAACAAAAGAUUGGAACGAAUGGAUCGCUUGAAAGAAGAGCAAUCGAUGACGCCUGUAGAAGAGGUUCGAAAUGAUCUCGAUAGUGAUGAUAAAAUUGUAUUCUCUAAAAUGUGAAAAUAAAACUGCUAUACGGCGUAGGCCACUCAAAGUAACUUUUGCCACGCUCAAGGCAAAUCAACGGUCAGAUCACCCGAUGGGUGAGAGGAG